AUGGAAGGAACCCUGUGUGGCAACAUAUUUCUGUGUGACUACAAGAUGUUGGACAAAGUAGAAGCAAGAAAAAUCGAUGGAAAGCAGCAAUACCUGGCGGCUCCACUUGUGCUGCUCUAUAAAACAGCUGAUGAUAAACUGCUGCCUAUUGCAAUUCAGCUGAAGCAGGAGCCAGGACCAGACAACCCAAUCUUCCUUCCUACUGAUUCUCCGCAUGACUGGUUGUUGGCAAAAACUUUUGUGAGAAGUGCAGAAUUUAAUUUGCAUGAGCUCAACAUUCACCUGCUGCGCACUCACCUGCUGGCUGAGGUCUUUGCACUGUCCACGCUGCGCAACCUACCUAUGGUUCAUCCACUGUACAAGCUUCUCAUACCCCACACUCGCUACACUCUGCAUAUUAAUGUCCUGGCUCGACAGAGGCUAUUAUCUGAGGAUGGUGUCUUGACAAAGAUGUCAGCUUCGGGUGGAGAGGGUAUGUUCAAAAUCAUGGAGGACUCCUUGUCCUCAAUGACGUACAGAUCCCUCUGCAUACCUGAUGACAUUGCAGAUCGUGGGAUGGAAAAUAUUCCCAACUUCUACUACAGAGAUGACGGACUGAAACUGUGGAACAGCCUACACAGGUGUGUUAAGUCAAGGACGUAUCUAAAAGUUCCAGGAUACAGGCCCUCCAGGACUGGAGUGUCCCACCCCUGA